UAAUCCGACAAGGGGAAUUACAUACUAAAUAUUAUUAUAUAAAUGAUUGUUUAGCAACUUGGCUAGUUUGAGACACAAUUUUGUAACAAAAUGUUCCGACUUGUUUUACUUCUAGUAGUUUUUCCGUACUUGGCUCAAAGUGCAUGCCCUACGAUUAUUUCCCGAUCAGAAUGGGGCGCAAGGGCGCCGAAAUCAUCCAAAAGUUUGGCUCAAAACCCAGCCCCAUUUGUGGUGGUCCACCAUUCUGCCGAUGCCAAUUGCCAAAAUCGACAGUCGUGUAAAAAUCGCGUAAAAGGCAUUCAGGACUAUCACAUGAAUCACAACGGUUGGCAAGAUAUCGGCUAUAACUUCUUGAUUGGAGGUGAUGGUAAUGUUUAUGAGGGACGCGGAUGGGGUAUCUGGGGGGCUCAUGUCCCAAACUAUAACUCGAAUAGUAUCGGAAUUUGUGUUAUUGGAAAUUUUCAAAGCAUAGCACCGUCGCAAACACAAUUAGAUGCACUGAAACAGUUAAUUUCUUGUGCCCAAGAAGGGAAUUAUAUACGGGAUGAUUAUCGGUUGAUUGGGCAUCGGCAAGGAAGCAGAACUAGUUGUCCUGGUAACCAAUUAUUCAAUGAAAUCAGUAGAUGGGCACAUUUUGACGCUGGUGUGCGGCCAUAAUGAUUUAAAAAAUAAUUGCUCAUACAAAAUUACUGCUAUAUUUGUUUUACUUUAGCUCUAAAACAAUAAAUUAAAAUUAAUAUCAA